AUGGUCGGCGUCACAGCAGACAACCUCGCCGUCAACGAUGGUCCCUUAACCUCGGAGAACGCAGCUUUCCUUCGCCCAUCCGAUCCAAGUCUUCCUCUCGAGGAACUUCGCAAACGUUAUGAACAAGACGGCUAUCUCUUCCUGAAGCAAGUUCUCCCCCGCAACGAUGUUCUCGAAGCCCGUAGCCAAUACUUCACCUCCCUACAAUCAACUGGCGUCCUAAAGCCUGGCACUGAGCCCGUGGAUGGCAUUUUCGAUCCAGCGAAGAGUCACUUGGAGUACCCCGGCAUUGGAGCCGGUCAUGUUGAUGGGAACGGGAAGCCAGGCGGUGAUAAGGCAGCACAGUUCGUCGACCUCGCGCUGGACGCUCACUAUCAGGAUUGGUAUGCGGAGAAGUUCUGCAACCACCCUGCGCUGUACGAUUUUAUCGCGAAGUUUUCUGGCUGGGGCAAGGAUACACUCAGCCUGCGUCGCACAUUGCUCAGGAAUAAUAUUCCAGGAUCGAAGCCGAUUGGAGUUCAUUACGAUCAGAUCUUCCUGCGAUACGGUGACCCCACCAGUGUCACAGCAUGGGUCCCGAUGGGGGACAUCAAGCUUACCGGCGGCGGACUGAUUUAUCUCGAAGGUGGCGAUAGCAUCGGCAUCGAAAUGGAGCAAGCAUUUUUCAUCAAAGGCAAACAAGCCGGUCUAUCAGAUGAAGAGGCCAGAUCAGCUUUCAACUCCAACAUGAUGGCAACGGGCCUUCUUUCAGAAUUCCCGGCUGAAUUUGCCCGCGAACAUGGUCGGCGAUGGCUGGUUUCGGCAUACGAGGCUGGCGAUGUUGUCCUGCACAAGCCUCACAUGAUUCAUGCAUCGACUAUCAAUCAUGAUCUUGAUAAUGUUAUUCGACUUGCGACUGAUUUACGUUUCUGUGAUUCGUCGAAGCCCUAUGACAAGCGAUGGAUGAACUAUUACACCUUCAAUGAUGGUGUUUGA